CUCGGAUGCUUCAAUCGCUUCUUCGAUACCUUCGAAAUUUCGGAGCUACAAAAUUGAAUCGAUUUGGAAUUGAAAAUUGAUGCGUUUAACAAAAACAGUUCAUUAGAAUCAUUUCAAAUGGAAUUCGAUCGAUGGAAUCGAAGUAGAAACAAUUGAAUAGUUGUGAAUCAAUGGCGGGUCUUCCACUACCGCCUCCAAACCCUCCACCUUUAUCAACUCGCGAUCAGACUUCAACUUCAAGCUCCGCGAACUUCGCUCAAAUUCCUUCAUGGGUAUCGCUGAAACGCAGUUCUUCUACGAUCAGAACCAAGAAAACCCAACAAGGGAAGCUCGAGAAUUUACAUUUGGUUUCACUUUCCAAACAAGGGAAGCUCAAGGAAGCCCAUGAUUUUCUCAAAGAAAUGGACGAUGCUGAUGUUUCUGUGACCCCACACUCCUAUCAAUGCCUCUUUGAAGCAUGUGGGAAGUUGAGAUCAUUGGCUGAUGGAAGAUUAAUUCACGAUCGGCUGCGAAGAACAGCGAAGAACCCAUCUGGGUCUAUUGAGAAUUGUCUUCUGAGAAUGUACUGUGAUUGUGGGAGUUUCAUAGAUGCACAGAAAGUGUUCGAUGAAAUGCUUAUGAAAAACUUGGUGUCUUGGGUUAUAGUCAUAUCUGCUUAUGCCCAGAAUGGAGAAUUGGAGAAAGCUAUUAGGUUGUUUUCUGAUAUGCAGGCAUCGGGAAUUAGACCGAACUCUGCUGUCUAUAUGAGCCUCUUGCAGUCUUGCUUAGGUCCUUCAUUUCUAGAGCUUGGUAAACAGAUACAUUCCCAUGUGAUUAGAGCUCAGUUGAAUGCCAAUAUUACAGUGGAAACAGCCAUAUGCAACAUGUAUGUGAGAUGUGGGUGGUUAGAGGGGGCCAAGCUUGUUUUUGAUGGGAUGGAUGCACAGAAUGCUGUGACUUGGACUGGGUUGAUGGUGGGUUACACUCAAGCAAAGAAGCUGGAGGUUGCUUUGGAACUGUUUGCUAGGAUGGCAAUGGAAGGCGUGGAAUUGGAUGAGUUUGUAUUCUCUAUUGUUCUCAAGGUGUGUUGCGGGUUGGAGGACUGGGAUAUGGGGAGGCAGAUUCAUAGUCACAUUGUUAAACUCGGGUUCGAAUCAGAAGUUUCAGUGGGGACUCCUCUUGUGGACUUCUAUGCCAAAUGUGGAGAUAUAGAAUCUGCAUAUCGAUCAUUUGGGAGGAUAUCUGAGCCAAAUGAUGUUUCAUGGAGUGCUCUAAUUUCGGGUUUUUCCCAAUCUGGUAGGUUGGAGGAUUGUAUUAAGAUCUUUACGUCUUUGAGGAGUAAAGGCAUGGUUUUAAAUUCUUUCAUAUACACCAGUGUUUUUCAAGCCUGUUCGGCACAAGCAAACUUGAACAUGGGCAGCCAAGCUCAUGGGGAUGCAAUAAAAAGAGGUCUUGUUUCAUACCUAUAUGGAGAGAGUGCAAUGGUUACUAUGUAUUCAAAAUGUGGGAGAUUAGACUAUGCUCGUCGGGCCUUUGAAUCAAUAGAUGAGCCUGAUGCUGUGGCUUGGACUGCCAUGAUUUCAGGUUAUGCCUAUCAUGGCAAUGCAGCAGAAGCUCUAGGGCUUUUCAGGAGGAUGCAGAGUUAUGGUGUUAGGCCAAAUGCGGUUACCUUCAUAGCAGUUUUAACUGCUUGUAGCCAUUCGGGUUUAGUUGCAGAGGCCAAGCAGUACCUCGGCUCAAUGAGCAGGGACUAUGGUGUGAAGCCAAUGAUCGAUCACUAUGAUUGUAUGAUUGAUACAUACUCUCGUGCUGGGCUGCUCCAGGAGGCACUUGAAUUGAUAAACAGGAUGCCAUUUGAACCCGACGCCAUGAGCUGGAAGAGCUUACUGGGUGGGUGUUGGGCUCAUUGCGACCUCAAGCUUGGAAAGAUUGCAGCAGAAAACCUUUUUCGGUUGGACCCAGGAGACACCGCUGGCUACAUUCUCCUGUUCAACUUGUAUUCUGCCUUUGGAAAAUGGGAAGAAGCAGGCCAUGUUCGGAAACUGAUGGCUGAAAGAGAGUUGAAGAAGGAGGUCAGCUGCAGCUGGAUCUCAGUAAAAGGUCAAGUACACCGGUUUGUAGUUGGUGACAGGCACCAUCCACAAACAGAAGCCAUCUACUCAAAGCUAGAGGAAUUCAAAUGUUCUGUUGUUGACAGCCCGGUUCGGCUCCUGAAUGAGGAAGAUGACGUUUCUUGCAGUCUGCCUGCGCGGAAGGAGCAGCUUCUUGACCACAGUGAGAAACUGGCUAUUGCAUUUGGGCUAAUAUCUACAGAAGACAACGCCCCCAUUCUAGUUUUCAAGAACCUCCGGGCUUGCAGAGAUUGCCACGAGUUUGGAAAGCAGGUGUCAAUGGUGACAGGACGCCAGAUUGUGGUUAGAGAUUCCACCAGAUUCCAUCACUUCAAAUCUGGGAAAUGUUCUUGCAACGACUAUUGGUGAAUUACUCAUAGAUUAUGAGCCCAUUUGGUAGUGAUUUUAAAAAGUGUUUCUAAUAUUUUUAAUACUUGAAAAUUUUUAUCAAAAAA